AUGAAUUUAGCAGUAAAAGAUUCUGGAAAUAUAAAUAAUGGGGGCUCUCUUUUUCUUACAGCUGCUUCUACAAAUGAACAAAAUACAAUUGAUUCAAUUAAGAAUUCUCGAACAAAAAUGCUUUUUAUAAAGCUGGCUUAAUAAAAUCUUUAGAAUUCUAUCAACAGCGAUACUAUCUAGCCCUAAAAACCGAUGACCCUUGAAUAAAGAAUUAUUUAGGCUUAAAAAUAGCUGAGGUUAUUAUAAGAUUAAAUCAAUUUAAAUUCUCCUAGGACAACUUAAGCUAUUCAUAAAUUGAGGUUACUUCCUGAAGCAUUUAAAUUAAAGUGUGAGCAUGAAAUCGAAAAGAUUUACAGACAUAACUUGGAGAAAACAUAAAAUCAAAGCUAAGAUGAAAAAACAAAUCUAUACUUUGAUUCCUUAGAGUAAGAUAGUGAUUAGGAUACUGAAAAAUUUUCAAACAACUCUCGAAAAAGAUUUUAUAAACAUCUUAGAGAACUCAUAAGCAGAUAUGAGAGUGCAAAAUCUGAACGUAUGUAAAUUAUAAAGGAAGAAAAUGAUAAUCUGAGGUCUACAGUCUAUGAAAGUGGAUUUUAGUUUAAAAAACCAAAAAAGAGGGAUCCAUUAGAAGCAAUAAAUUUCGAAUAUAAAUUGCAGUAACUAAACUAAAAAAAGCAGAAGUAACUUGAAGUUAUUGAUAAAUAAGCAUCUAUUAUUUUUGAGAAUGAAUUCAAGUAUAGAUAAUGGUAGUAAAAAGAUGAGUUCAAAAAUUCUCAAUCUUAAAUGUUGUUUGACACUCAUUAUAAGAAAAAGAUAAAACAUUUCAAGUAACUGUAGGAAAAAAAAUAGAAAAGGUUUUAAGAAUCCGUCUAGAAAUAGCACUUUGUUUAAUCAAAAAAGCUUGAAAAGCUUUAAAAAGAUUUAGUAAAGAGAGAUGAAAAAUUUUAAACAUUUUUUUCUUCUAGAUUUGAUACAUUUCCUGAUAGACACAAAGAAAAAGAAUAGUAAAAAUUGGAAGCACUUCAUAGAAAUUAGUCUAUUGUUUAGCAAAAAGAUGAUUUCAAAUUGCACUUACUUAAAAUGAGGUAAGAUGAGAGAGAUAGAUAAGGCUCCUAAUUAGUAUAAGAAUUAAUAAAUGAUAAAAAAAAAGAGUUGAAGUAGAAGAACGAUUAAAAGUUAGCUAAAAUAUAAAAAGCAGUUUAAAUUGAAAAUGAAAGAACUAAUGUUAAACUGAAUACCUAUCUAGAGAAGAUAGAAAAUGUUAAUUUAAGAAUGAGUUUAAGGGAUUAAGAAUUUAAAAAGCUAUUAGAGUAACAUAGAAAGAAACAAAAAGAAAAAUUAAUGAAGUACGAACAUCGUGUUGACUAAUUAGAUGAAAUGAUGGAGAAAUAGAAUGAAAAAUUAAAUGAAAAAGAUGAAAAAAGAGUCGAAUAAGCAAGGAGAUCGAUGGAAGAUAGAGACUUAGAGUCUUUAAGAAAAGGAGAUUUGCUGUAGUAAAGAUUAGAAUUUAAUGCUGAUAAUUAAAAUGAAAACUGGAUGAAAAAGUAACGAAGAAACGAUUUGAUUAUGGAGAGACAUAAAAAAGUUAAAGAAAGAGCAUAAAAAAUUUAGAAGGAAAGAGACAUGCUUUAAGAAAUAUCGAUGAAAAAUACGCUGAAACUAAAUACAAUAAGAUAACAAUUAGACUAUAAUUUAUAGUUUAUGAAAAAUGACCCAAUAGAACUAUUAUAUUUGUAAAUAAGAAUAUUUUUAUAUUUCUCUAACAUCUUUAAAAUAAUUUUUGAUUAAGAAAAUUCAAAAAUUUAAAUCUAUCUGAUGAGCUUUUAGAGAAAUUCAUACAGAACUAAAAUGAUGAAGAAGAAAUAUCUCAAGAUGAAAUCAAGAAAGCAGAAAAGGAGAAUCCUAAAUAGAAUCAAAGCUCUAAAAGUCAGGAGUUUAAAUUUACUUUAGAUUAAGAAUAGAUCAAAAAACUUCAAACAAAAAUCGAUGAUGGUAAAUAUAGUACAACUAGUGUAUUUAAAUCAAUAAAAUGAACAAAUUUAUAAAACCAAUUAAUAUAAUAGUUAAAAAAAACAUCAUCAAAUGAUAUUAGUUUGUUCAUUUGUGAGUAAAAUUCAUUCACAAUAAUUAGAUUUAAAUAAAUAAAAAAAUUAUUUAUUUUUUACAUUAUUUUUAAAUAUAAAUUAUUUAUUGUGUUUUGAAGUUUUAUUUAAUUUAUUUUGUUUAUAAUUAAAAGAUAAACCCAUAAUUAAAUUUUCGCUUUUAUUUAACACUUUAAUUAAAUUAAAACACUUAAUUUAUUAAAUUUGUUAGUCAAUUUUAUGUAUAAAUUAAAUUAUCUAAUUAAAUGAUGAUUCAAGAUAGGGACAACAGACUUUAAUUCAACUGUUGACAUAAUCGAUAGUAGAUCCUGAUAAAAUUAUAUUUUUAUCUCCUAAAAUAUUUUUAAUCUUAAAAAAAAGAUUUUUUUACUUUAUAGAUUAAAAAGUAUUUUAAUAUUAUCAUAAAUUAAAUAAUUCAUAAUUUUUAUUAGUAUUUUGCCUUUAAUUAAUUAAUUAAUUAAUUAAUUAAUUAAUUAAUUGA